AUGCGUUGGUGUUUCAGUGGAGGUCAUAUUUCACCACCUCCGCCAUCACAACGAAAAUUUCUUAUUCCGUCAACAUCAUCGCUGAACACAACAGCUGGAUCUUCAUCAAGUUCCAAUGAAGUCACCUCAAGUGAUGAAGACCACAGACGGAUCAACAGAAGAGCGGAAAAGUUGGAUUCAUUCACGACGAAUUCAUCAAGUCGACCAUCACUUACACCAAAGCCGAAACUCGAUGACAGAAACAUUCCGAUUUCAUUGAAUGGCGAAAAAGAAAGUCUACAAAGAUUGCAAAAAUCAAGUAUGUUGGAUAAUGGUAGUGGUUGCAUGGACAGUGUCACACGAAGGCUUCAGAAAAUAGGAACAACCUCAACGGACGAUUCAUCACCAAAACUCACGCUAGACAAAAGCUUCGUCUCAAAAGGCCGUGGGCUUCACUGGUCAACACAUUUGGAUUCAGGUACAAGCGGUACUACUGGAGGACAAAAUACUUGUUCAUCUAAUGAAUCCGAAUCGGGUAGUGUUGUUAUUAAUACAACUAUCAUUCCACACGAUGAAUUCAGUUCGUCAUCACCCUCCUCUUCCGGAAUUGUUGCCGAUAUGAAUGAUUCUAAUGGUGAAAGUAAUCAGAGAACAUCAGCAACAUCAUCAUUGUCAUCAUGUGAACCAUCAUCGGACGUAACUGAAUCUAAUUUCGAUUCAUCACGUAUGGGGAAAACGUAUCGAUCGCGGAUCGAUGAUCCAUUAGCAUUAACGCAAGAUCAUCGACAGCAGCAAGCAGCAGGUCAUUUCAAUGGUGUUGGAGGAGCAGCUGCAAUUCAACGUCCACAAUUUGAACGAAUUCGUGAACCAAGUGGUCUAAUGAUGCCAACAUUAGAAGAGAAAACUGAGCCAAGCAAUAGAUCCAUUUUACAAGGCGCUUUUAACAACUGCAACUUUUCUACCAUUCUGGGAAUGACUGAUAAUGCCGAGCCACGAUUUAAUCUUUCUCUUAAUCUGAAUAAUCAUCGAAGUUUUAUGCAACGUUCUAAUAGGAGCUCAUCAAUACCACCUGAAGGUAUGCUUGGAAAUGGAUACACCUUGGAAGAUCGUUUCAAGCGUAACGGAAGUAUGGCACCCGAAUUAACAAAUCAACACCAUUCUCAAGAUAGCAGUGGAAAUAGUACAACAAAUGAGGAAAAUAUUAGAAAGCAAACGAUUUGCUCGAAACUUGUUGAACAUUAUCGGCAGAUUGAAAGCAGUGUUGAGAAAUUGGAUAAGUGUACGGCAGCACGUGCAUGGCGACAACCGCAUAUCCUGCAGCAGCAUAUUUUUGACAUUAAGGAGCACGUGGAGGUGAUCACAAAUUCAAUGAACGGUUUCCUCGAUGCCGCAUGUCGUAUUGCAGUUGAUAUUAUUAAUCCGAAAGGUCAAGAAUUGAAACAGUUACUUCUACCACUAAAAAGCUCUACUGCUAUCAUAACCCAAUUGAAACAAAAUUUGGACAGUACCGGCUGGACCCUUGGUGCAUUAUCACGACCACGUAACAUUUAUGGUACAGUACCGGGAAGCGAUGCUUUGGACCAAUUUCUUGCUGUUAUCAAGCAGCUGCCAGUCGAUUGCUGUAAAUUGAUACAAUGGGCAUUACUGAUGGUACCAUCUUCAGGUGUUCGUUUCUUAACGAAUGGUCUGAAAGGUCCUUUGAGUUGCACUAAUAUCAUCACAGCCACUAAUCAAUCACAUGAUGAUCCCUUAUUAAGGAUGUAUGAAACAAAUGGCGGAACAUCAGUUGGAACUGAUUCAAGAAAGCAAUCGGCAACAUCAAAUGCUUCCAUGAUAACUAUUUCAAAUUUGAAUGAUACUGAAACAUCACCACCAUCUAUCUUGGCUUCUCGUACAGCUUUUGGCCCAGGAACCGGCAAACAAAAUCGUGUGACGUUUGCAGAUGAUCUGACUACUUCACAUCGAUUAUCAGACUCGAUUCUUGAAGCACAUGUUUUAGAAGAGGAUGAUUUAGAAUCGGUGAUCAGUGAUCGAGACAGCUUCUAUCAGGACUCAACUACUGAAGGUGAGAAUACUGUCGUGAAUCGUAGGAUGAGACCGGUAACGAGUUUACCACCAUUGUCAUUAUUGAAUGCAGAGGUGAUAAAGUCGUUGUCCGAAGAUGACAGACAAUUGAUUGAAUUUUAUUCACCACAAUUGGAUGCGCACACCGAAUUCCUUUCCAAGGCAAUUGAAGAGUUCUUGACUGUUAUUGAAGAACAAAUGCCACCCCAUGAAUUUGUUCAAAAAGGAAAACUGAUAAUACUUACUGCACAUAAAUUAAUUUAUAUGGCUGAUACAAUCGCGGAAUGUAUUUCAUCCGGUGAUGUUAGCAAAGAAGUGAGACGUGCAGCUGAUCGACUGCUUGAUGUAUUGAAGACAUGUGUUCAAGCUACCAAGCAUGCUGCUGAUGAGUACCUAUCAGUAUCAGCUGUACAAUCGAUGGCUAAUUGUAUUGUGACGGUAUCACGUGCUGCAUAUGAUUUGAAAUUACUAGUAAAGCAAUGCUGUAGCAAUGGUUAGCUUAUUGAUAAAAAGUACUGUCCAUAACGGUUGAGGUAAUACACUUUCAAAUUCUGCCCUUCUAAUUUUUCUUGUUACGACUCGAAUAUUCAUUGACGCCUAACUUAUCCAUUUUGAUUUCCCGUGUGAUUUAAGCAUUG